CAUGAGAAAAGAACCGUCUUUUUCUCAGUCACUUGAUUUUUUUUAAUUUUCUUUUUGCAGUAAGCACAAUUAUCUUGAGAUAAUUUCAACUUUACAGAAAGAUAUUUUUGAAAUUGAAAACACUUAUCUUUAGGCAAAAUAAUGGGUGAAAAGAUGCUUUUUUGUGAUGAUUCCACACUUAAGGUCUGAUAAAAUGAAGAACAACCAGCUCUCUCUCUCCUGCUGGUCUCAUGUUUUGCCGUGAAGAAUCCGUUUUCCUGUUUUUUUCUUUCUGAGGUAAAAUCCUGAGCAUCACAUGGUAUACCACAUUUUACUGACUUCAUGUUAAUAACCCUUAGUCCUCUUCCUUUUACUACUUCCAAAUUGAGACUCAUUCUUGCAGUUUGUUGCUUUCUUGGAAGAUCUGUUGUCUGAGACAGUUUAGCUCCUCCUUUUGCCCACCUCUCAGAUUCUCCUUCACUCCUUCCCAGUAUAUGUUUUUGACCUUCUAAAUUUCUCAUCUCUCAAGCAUCCCUUCUUCUGAUCUUUGUCUUCUCCAUGUAAUGUUCUCCUCUGCAAUGUGGUGGUGGCUGUUUGGUGUUCUGAGCUGUCUGUUGGUGGCACUGGUCAUCAUCUUGUUCCUAACCACUGGGCAGCGCUAUAAGGUGUUCAGUAAGAAGUGUCUGAGACCACCAGGACCCCUGGUCACCAACAGCAAAGAGAGGGAUGCCAGACUGAAGAGAGGGUUCCGUGUGGACCGAGUUCCACCCAAUCUGUAUGCAGUGGUGAUUGGCAGCGGCAUUGGAGGUUUGGCAGCAGCAGCCCUGUUGUCCAAAGCUGGGAAGAAAGUUGUAGUUCUGGAGCAACAUGAUCAUGCUGGGGGCUGCACGCACACCUUCCAAAAUAAGGACUUUGAGUUUGAUGUGGGUAUCCAUUAUCUGGGCCAACUUCAUGAGAACAGCUUGUUGAAGGUUGCUUUGGAUCAGAUCACAGAGGGACAGUUGCAGUUUGUAAAGCUGGAACAACAUUACGAUACUGUGCUCCUUGGACAACCUGACCAUAGCAGGGAGUAUCAUAUCCAUGCAGGAAAGACAGAGAUGGCAGCUUGCCUGAAGAGACAGUUCCCAGGAGAAGAGGAGGCCAUUGAAAAGUUCAUGAAACUGAUGAAGCAUGCCUCACGGAGAGCUCCACUUAUUGCCAUGUUGAAAAUGCUGCCCUACCAGGUGGUGAACUUCCUGAUUCAGACUGGCCUAUUGGAUAAAAUAUCUUCGGUGUUUCGCCUAGCAACAACUAGCCAUUCAGAAAUGAUGUCCCGACUCACUCAGAACAAGGACCUGCGGGCACUCUCUGCCUACUUGUUCUAUGGUGUCCCUCCUAAAGAGUCAAGCUUUCUCAUCAAUGCUCUUCUUCUCCACCACUACAAACGUGGGGCAUAUUACCCAUAUGGGGGUGCCAGUGAAAUUGCCUUUCAUAUCAUACCAGUCAUUAAGCAGGCAGGUGGUGAAGUACUGGUCAGGGCUCCUGUACAACGCAUCCUCAUCAACAGCCAGGGGAAGGCCUAUGGUGUGACAGUUCUUAAAGGGCAACAAGAGAUUGAGGUCCAUGCCCCUGUUGUCAUUUCGGAUGCUGGAAUCUUCAACACCUUCCAGAAAUUUCUACCUCAGCAUAUUCAGGAAAACUCAGAAAUCAAGUCACUGCUAGGUUUGCUUCGUCAUGGUAUGGGUUCCUUCUUAGUCUUUGUCGGUCUGGAUGGGACCAAGGAAGAGCUGAACAUUGUUUCUAAAAACUUCUGGAUGUAUAAAGGCAACGACUUGGACUUACUUCUGGAGGAAUACUCUUCUCUGAAGAGAGAGCAGGUAUUAGGAAACAUCCCUAUGAUGUUCAUCACCUUCCCAUCAGCUAAAGACCCAACAGCCUCCAUCAGACACCCAGGUAAGUCCUGUAUGACAUUACUUACCAUGGCACGCUAUGAGUGGUUUCAGGAUUGGGAGGAGACCAAAGUUGGAAAGAGGGGUCAGGAAUACCUAAAUCUGAAAAACAGCAUAGCCCGAGAGCUGCUGGAAUGGGCUCUAACCAUCUUCCCUCAACUUCGAGACAAGGUGGUAAUGGUAGAAGCUGCCACCCCUCUAACUAAUGUCCACUAUUUGGGUGCUCCAAGAGGUGAGAUGUAUGGCGCGGAGCACAACUUGGAGCGCUUCAGUCCAGAAACAGUUGCUAAGACACGGCCACAGACACCAGUCAGCGGGCUCUACUUAACAGGUCAGGAUGUAUUCUGCAACGGCAUGGCUGGUGCUCUGCACGGCGGCCUGCUCUGUGCCUCGGCUGUCCUCAAUCAAAUUCUCUACCUCGACCUUGUUGCUCUGAAAACACACCUUAAGCACCAAAACACCAACAAGAAAAAGACCUGAUAUGCAGAACGUGCCUGAAGGCCUGAGGAAAGAGGAGGCAAAGUGUGGAAGAUAUAAUCGGUCAAAGCUUCUAAACUAACUCUGCCCUCUUCCAACAAUCUGACAUCAGCCUCCUAAUUUUAUCAGCAUCAGAAGCGAGUUUAUAAAUAAAGUUUUUAAACUGUC